CCUAGCCCAACUCUUGAGUCUCUCACUCAUCCCUCAGCCCACGCACGCGCCGCCAUACUACCCUCCGCACCGCUGGACGCCGACCGCCGGCGCCGGCCACAGCCGCUUGCGAGGCUGCGCCUCCACCCCACGCCGCGCGGUCUCCCUCCCUCGACCUUCGACUCCUGCGUCCCGCCGGGCGUCGGCCCCUGCUUGGGCGCUGGUUGGGCGCACCGCUCGCCCGCUCCCACCGGCCGUCGGCCAUCCCCCCCACCCCCCGGCGUCGCGCGGCCGCGCCCCCACGGCUGCACGCUAGCCCCGCCUGGCCGCGGGCCGCCCCGACGUGUCCGCGCUCGUGUUUGGUACUGCUGUUUCAAUUCCUGGGUCCGCCACUGGUUUCGGGGUAACCCUACCGGAGGCCAUGGCUGCGGCGGAGACACGGACGCGACAGGAGAAAGUGAGGAAGUUCGAGGAGUUCGUGGACCGUCGUCUGAAGCCUGACCUCGCCAAUGCUAUUAAGCAGCGCGACAAGGUGUUUGAGCAGCAGAAGACCUUCUUGGAUUUGAAGAGGAACAUUGAAAAUCUGGAGAGGAAUGGCGUCACCAGCAUCCGGUCCAUGGUCAAUCUUGGCUCGGAGGUGUACAUGCAAGCGGAAGUACCGGAUACAAGGCACAUUUUCGUGGAUAUUGGUCUAGGUUUUCAUGUGGAAUUUACUUGGCAAGAAGCAUUACAGUUUAUAUCCGUAAGAGAGGCAAGGUUGGCUAGGCAAAUAGAUGAAUACACGCAUCUCAUUGCAAGCAUAAAAGCACAGAUCAAGCUGGUAUGUGAAGGUAUCCGUGAACUGCUGCAGCUACCACCGGAGACAGAGUUAUCACCUAGGAAUACAUGGUAGAAUUUGGUUCUCACGGCAAAGGGUUGGUGACAUCGAGCUUGUAAAAUGUGGUGUUGUUCUGCCAGAUGGUUCCAUUUAUGACAGCAACUUGGCUUAAAAAUCUGAUGACCACCUGCUGUUGAAAUUAUCCAAACCUUGGAGUAAUCUGAAACCAGAUCAUGAGGUUGCCGAUAGUA